CAACAACACCAACAAAUGUCUCCUCCCAAUACUGACGCUAUUAUCCAAGAAAUUAAGAAGCUUGAUUUACAAUCUCUUGCCCGCGAGAAAGGUCCUUACCUUGUUUAUCCAGAAACAAAGUAUCCUGACCUCGAGCUGUUCGAGCACAAAGAUCCUGGACAUCGUGCUGAUCCCACAAAGGCCUCUAUUUUAAAGAAUGCAGAAAAGGUCUUUGACCUUACUCCCCACAUUGGUACUGAAAUCCACGGUCUUCAAUUAUCAGCAUUGACUGACACUCAAAAGGAUGAUUUGGCUUUAUUGGUUGCUGAACGUGGUGUUGUCUUCUUCAGAGAUCAAGAUAUUGACGUUUAUCAAGGCGUUGAAUUUAUCAAGCAUUACGGACCUCCUCAUAUUCAUAAUACUUUUGGUCAUCCUGAAGGCGUUCCUGAGGCUCAUAUAGUCUAUUUCGAUACCAACACCUUCAAGAAUUACAAGUCGGCUAGUGGAAUUGACUUUUCUUUAUUGAGAACUGCUGCCGAUGGAUGGCACUCUGAUGUCACCUAUGAGAAUCAGCCUGCCGGUCUAACUUUACUUAAGAUUGAUACAUUACCUUCUGCUGGUGGUGAUACUUUGUGGGCUUCUGGUUAUAGUGCUUACGACAGACUUUCACCUCCUUUCCGAAAAUUUCUUGAAGGCUUAGAAGCCGUACAUACUGGUCAACAGCAGGUAGAUGAAGCUAACAGAGCUGGCCAUGUUGUCCGUCGUUCUGUCUGGACAGCUACUCAUCCCGUUAUUCGUACACAUCCUGUCACCGGAUGGAAAGCGCUCUUUGUCCAACCUGGUUUUACCAGCUCUAUUGUAGGUCUUUCAAAACGUGAGUCUGAUAUUAUUUUGAAGCACUUGUUUGAACACAUUGCUGGCGGUGUCGAUUUCCAAGUUCGUUUCAAGUGGCAAGAAAACAGUGUUGCUGUAUGGGAUAACCGUUCUACAGUACAUAAUGCCAUCUUCGAUUACCUCGAUAUCGGUAAGCGUCAUGGUUGGAGAGUUACACCUCAAGCCGAAGCUCCUUAUUUUGAUCCCAAGAGCAAGUCCAGAAAACAGGACUUGGCAGAAAAAGCCGCUGCUGCUCAAGCUUAAUCACUUCGUUUUACUUCCC